AUUGCUUGUAAACGUUCGUUGUUUUUGUUUGUUGUUUAUAUAAAUAGUGUUAAAAAUGACUUCUUUUUCAACAUCAACGCUGGAGAAAAAGUUAAGCGAUCUUUCAAACACUCAACACAGUGUCCAGACACUUUCGCUGUGGUUGAUUCAUCACAGAAAGCACGCUAAAGCCGUAGUGCAAGCGUGGUACAAGGAACUUUCCAAGGGUACGUAAGCUCAUGUUGAAACCGUUUUCUGUUUGGGUCACCUCGUGUUUCUUUUGAUGUUAAGCCCUUUAGCGGGAGAAUGAAAGUUUUCUUCGCAAAUUGCUGAAAAUUUCCCUUUCUUUUUCAUGCAUGCUUUCAAUUAACGUUAAUGCAUCAGUUAUAAUAUAACUCCUGAGCCGUUUUGUUGACUGUUAUUCCGAUUCAAGGUGCCAAUUAUAAGCUUAAUGUCAGCAAAAAUCAGCUUGACGGUCGUUCAUUGUUGUCGUUCAGUUAUAUCCUUGGUUUAAAUUAUAUUCUCUUUUGUUUCGAGCUCCUUAUCUUGCAUUAAUAUAACCAAAUACGAAAGUAAAACUAAAUUUAAACCACGGAUAUAAUUAAGCCACAACGCAUAUUGGGUUACUUGUAUAUUUUAAUUUAUUUAAUCGAGUUAAUAAGCUUCUGCUCGGCCUUUUUGCUUGAAGUUGGAGAUGGCUCAUAAAUUAAAAUUAUCAGCUAUGUUUUUUAAUUCUCAGAGCAGACACUUAAAAGCAGAAAGUUAGGUCUUGGCACAGUUGUUGUAAUAACUUUUUGCGUGAAAUAUCUUGUCAUUAGAAUUGUUGGUCUGAUAAAUCUGCAAAACCAAUGAGCAUUUGGGUUCAAUAAGCAACCUCCCUACGGUGAUCAAUGUCCUGCCAUCAAGGAAACCAUUUUUGAUCCAAAUGCAGAGUUGAGUGUCUUGUGACUUUAUUGAUAAUCUGUUCACUGCUGUCAAAUAGUUAAAGGGGCAUGGGAUACAUCUCUAACUUCAGGGACAGCGCUGAGGACCUCCCAAGUUUCUUUGAAGUGUUGAAAAAAUGCAGGCACAAAUGUGACUGUCUUGUUAACAAAAUGCUGUACAUCAAACCAUUAAGACUACCCUUGAACAUGCAAAAGGAUUCAACCCAUGCUAAAGUAUUUGUCUCUAAGCCCUACUCCCUUUAUGCAAAUUUAGAGUUCUUUAACUCUUUUCAAACUCACAUUUAUAUAUGUCCAAAUUCUUGAAAAUGGCGUCAUGAGGUUGCAGAAACGUUGCAACACUAUCUCAUUAGAUUAUGCAUGUUUAUGUUUCUUUCAAUCAUUUUCUUAUGUUUCAUUAGUUUAAUGUGGACAGAGUGCUGGACAACAUUCUAAAACCUAUUAUUUUUGCUUUUGUUUGUUUGCAGCAAGGCAGAGUAAGAGACUUACAUUCAUGUAUCUAGCUAAUGAUGUCCUUCAAAAUGGAAAAAGAAAAGGGACAGAAUUCUUAAAUGAAUUUAAACAAAUACUUCCAUCUGCAUUUCAGACCUGUGCGCAGUAAGUAAAUAUAUAGAUAUUUUUAUACCUACUAUAUGAGUUCAUACUUUUGUCAUAUCUUAUUUUUAUAAUGAGCAAUAUUUUGUAAACUGUAAUAUUUCCACUAGUUUUUAAAGUACAUGUAGACAUGCCGGUCAUGAGCUUUAAAAUAGAUACAAGUUUAUGCAUUUGGUUACCUAUAAUCUUGUUCAUUUCUUCAAGGGGUGGAAGAGUAGAUGACAUAAAGGGCCUUGAAAGGCUUAUAUCCAUUUGGACAGAAAGAAACGUUUAUGAUGCAUCUUUCCUUGUUAAACUUCAUAAGUGUUUAGGUAAGUAGAUUAAUAUUGUUCAUGAGACAGGUUGCUAAUUAAAAAAUAAUUCCUAUUUUCUUUAAUGCAUAGCAAUUUGUAAGGUGGUGUUGCAAAAGAUGGUUAUCGAUAUUCAUAUCUUGGAAAGAAAUAUCAUGGCUCACUGAUUCACUGGCGAAAAGUUGCAGCCAGUCCUACAAACUGCACUUUAGACAAGUCUGGAUUUUCUCAUUGUCAAAAAUUUAGAACCAGUUUAGAAUUACUGCAAUAUAUUUACUUUGAGUUUUUUCUUUUCUGUAAUCUCUAAUUAAUAUUGUAAGAGCAUUGAGACUUUAAUGUAAUGUAAUAGAACUAAAUAAUUUUUGUGAAAGGUUUGAACCCAGGAGUCAUUUCAAAAGUAGGUUGAGUUUGAUAGUCAGUGUGAACUUAUAGCCCUUUAUAGCACUGUUGUUGUUGACAGUGACUGAUGUUUCGACAACCUGUGCAGUAGUCAUUUUCAGGUCAAAGUGAGUUGUAUCAUGUCAGUUGAUGGUAUUAUACUCUGGUUGUUGUUUAUUGCAUUGGUCAAUUACGUUGCAAUGUUAUUGGUCGUCUGUCGGUUAAGCCAUGAUGUUAUUAAUUUUAUUGGCUAUGAAGACUCUUGACUAUCACUGCUACCACCACUGCCAUCAUCAUUAUUAUCAUCAUGUGUGUGCCAGAUAGAUAAUCACUUACCCAGUACGUUGAGCUUGGCAAAGAAGACUGCACGUUAAGUACAUGAUGUAAUUUGUUCUUUCUGAGACCUAUGGCUAUUGCUUGCUCUUGCUUUUACUUCCCAUCAUCUCCCCUUCUCCACCACCACCAUCAUCAUCACUAUCUUUACUGUCAUGGUUGUUGUCACCUCAAGUAUCAUUAUAGUCAUUAGUGUAAUAAAUAAGUGAUACAUUUAAAGCGAUAUAGAUUGUAAGAUAAUAAAUUAAGAGUAGCUUAGAGUUCUAAUAUUCUGCAGGUCAAGAAUCUGACUCCCCACCACCUGAAAAGAAACAAAAACUUGAUGAUGAAAAACAAGCGUCAACAAUGGAGCCACCAGAUGUAAGCUUCAUGUUUAAACAUAUGAAAUAAUUUACCUUAGUUAUUUAUUACUUUUUGUCUAUUUUCUUUGACAAACAUUUAUGGUAAAGUUUGAAGAUUGUUGGCCAUUCCCAAGAGUUUAACCAGCAAGAGAUAUGAGAAAGAUCAGAUAAUUUUCUGGCCAUUGUUAGUAUAGUUGACUAUCCAGUUACUUGUAUCAACUGAUACUUAUGUUUGGCAGUGGUGUUUACGCAGCAUAAAACUCUGUCAAUUUAUAAAAAGUGUCUCAAAGAUGAAAAUCAAAGUACUUAAAAAUGAGUCAAAUGGAAAAAAAACUUAAUUUAACAGCACGCAUGUCUCACUCUGUCUCCGAACCGUUCACGAGGGGUGCAGAGUCUUGACCAACAUUUCAGACUGCACUCUAUCCUUUUGUUGAGGAAGAAAUUGAGAUUUUUGUCACUUGCAGCCAGAGGAUCUAAUUAAGGCAUUGAUGGAACUUGAAAACUCUGCUUCACAAGAUGCUGUUGUUCGGGAAAAGAUUGCUAAUUUACCCGCAGAAGUGCAAGAUGUGUCUCUCCUUGAAAAAAUUGAAGGUAACCCAGCCUAUGCAAUUAAAACUCACCUCUUUUUAUAAGCUUGCGUGUACCGUAUGUACAGCUGUACCUGUGAGUACAUGUACAUACCUGUACAUAUCUGCUAGCCCAAGAAAGGUAUUUAUACACAUCACAGAUGAGUGGAUUGGGCAAUUUCUGUCCAAAGUUGCUCCCCCUUGGUUGAGGACUUACCAGUCCUUCUUAUGCCUGAUGCAUUAAAAAAAUGUGCUUUUAACCGUAAAAACCAUUAUUAGGAAACAGCAUAUCUCUGAAGAAUUUCUUGAAAUGAGACUUGAAUACUCAUUUACGUACUUUGUUCUCUAUAAUACUGUUGGUCAGUACUACUAAGUGAGUUUGCACCUGAACUUGCCAUUUGCAUUUUAUCUGGCAGCUAAAAUGAUUCUUUAAAGUAUACUUUUUCAAAAGAGAAAAGUAAAAAUAGGAUUCUAUAUGUAACAGGAUAUUCCACAGCUGGUCACCUGUCCACUUUUUAACCCCCACCCAUCAGGGCUUAAUAACUUUGAGAUUUCCUAGGUUCUGCAAGACACAUCAUAAAACAGGGUGCAAAGAAAGUCAGUUUUACAGCUUGCCCUUAGGGCGAGCUGUAACCAGCCUAAAAAACAUUUUUGAUGAUGAGUAUUGAUUUCAGUUCUUCACGGUAACAAAUCAUUUGUUUUCCCAAAAAAAAUUAGUCAAAGAGCUGUAAAUUAUAUUAAUUGACAAUGCACACAGCACUGCUGUAAAUCUUGUGUUUUGAAGACUGUUUUAUUAAAUUUGUAGUUAACACAAUGUGCUUUGUUGAAAUUGUAGAUAAAGAAACUGGUGAUCGCUUGUCAAAGAUUGUUGAUGAAGCUUGUCUGUUGCUUGCUGACUAUAAUGGAAGACUUGCUGCUGAAUUAGAAGACAGAGCUACGAUAUCCAAAAUGCUUGCUGCUUUUAUACAACUCCAGAGGGACAAACUUGCGGAGUCCGAGAAAAAACUUGAGGUCUGUUGUUUUGUAGAAAAUAGACUCAAAGUUGUGUUGGCCAUUAAUUUUAGUUUUUGAAGGAUUUUCUAUACCACAGGUUUUCUAAGUCAGAAUUCUUAAAAAAUUGCAAAUUUCACAAAUUUCACUUUUUGUCAAAUCAUAAUGAAAUGGAAGCACUAUUUAAAACUACUGCUGCUGAAGGUGUUAAUUUGAAUAGCAACAUGACAGAAUUUCUUCUAUAGACUGAAUAGUCAGAACUGUAUUGUAUGUCACUAUAAUUAUCAUUAUGACAGAUUCUGUAACUUAUGUAUAGCAUAGAAGCUAUAUGUUUAAUACCUUUGAUAAUGCUUUAACGUUAAGACAGUGGGGGAGGUAAUAAUGGCAAGAUAAAUUGAAGUGCUGCUUACAAACCUGAAUAGACCUUCCCAUGGUUUUGUUCAACUUUUGACAUGGACAAAGUAUGGAAAAUCCGUCAACUCUGCUGGAAAGAGCGCCUUUGCCUAGUUUGAAGGUGAUUUGUUGAAAACUAAGAUGUAACUCCUCAAAGUCACAAAAUUUUACAAAUGUUUGUUAUAUUAUAUUUGGUGGGAACACAAAAAAACUGUGGAAGAGUCGAUUUUGACAGAAAAUAUCAGAUUAGCCAUUAUAAUUACAGUUUUCCUGAUACAGUUUGGCAGUUUGAUUCAUACUGAGUGAAGUGGAAAUUAGAGAAAAAAAUUGCUAAUGCAGCUCUAUAAAUCAGAAUAAUUUAUAGUUGUACUAAUGUGACUGUUACUGCUUUUAUUACAGGAAUACAAAGCAAAACAAGAGAAAGUUCAGUUAGUGAGACAAGAACUUAAGUCUCAUUUAGAAAAUUUACCAGACCUUAGCAAGCUCCCCGAUGUGGGAGGAGGCCUAGCCCCUCUGCCAUCUGCUGGUGACCUGUUUUCAUCUGGACAUAGAUAAUGACUGCAUUAGCUAGUAAGCAGUUGGGUUUAACCCUUUCUGUCCCAAGAGUGACCAAAAUAAAUUUUCUCCUAACAAUUUCAAUGCAUAAUCAAGUAGAAAGGUUACGAGAAUUAACAUACUGAUCACUAAAGAAAAAUGCUUUGAUCUUUAAACAAAUCUUUUCAACCACUUUUUCAAGGAAAUGUAUGAAGGCCAAUCAGGAGAAUUUGUAUGUUGAUCUUGGUUCUGAAGGGGUUAAGGUAGGGGUAUGCAUAAGGCUUAUGAGCUAGACUGCAAACAAAAGUGUUUGCAAGCAGGGCACCCAAGUUUGAGAAGAGACUCGUCACUUUUUUCUUGUUGUCCCAAUUUUUGUUCUUAUGCUGAACUCGUGGAGGUUGCCCUCAUGAGAACACUUUCUGUGCUGGCUACUGGUACCUGCAGGUUUACUUAUAGUCACUGUAGCAAUAGAGAGAUUAAGCAUCGCGUUUACAGCAAACAGCAAACGUGAAUUUGUACCACAUGGCCAAGUUUUCCAUUUACUUAAUUUAUUGUUACUGUUCAUUAUAACUACAUGAAAAUCGGUAGAUUCAAGCCAAUUCUAUCCAGAACUGUCGUUUUAAGCUGUUUUUAUCUGCCUAUUUCUCAUUUGGAAAUUUAUCAACUUGAAUCUCACGUUUGCCAUAAACGCGAUGUUUAAUUUCUCUAUUACCAGUGUUGGGCUUUGAAGCCAGCACAUAAGCUGUCUUCAAGGUUGAGGUUAACUGAAGUUUGCAGUUACUCACCCUGCGAGAAGAGUCUCCUCUUGUCUUCUUGAUUGAGGAGAAGAAAAUGAGGCUUUGUCUUAAUUGCGUCAAGCUUUUGAAGUCGCCGAAUCCUAAAUUUCUGGGUAAGUCAAUCUUGUUCUCUGUCGUCAAACUGGUUUUUUGAGCCGAGCAUCCGUUUAUUGAUCUGUUUAUGGUCAGAACUGAGCCCGCUGUGCAAAUCGUAUGGCUAUUAGACCUGGGUUAGCCUGCGUAGCACCCCUGUGGGGGGGAGGGUACUGCCAUAUAUGGGCUAUAUAGGUGUGCCGCUGUGAAGGGUGUGGUUUUCAAGCAGUUUACUCUAGGAUAGGGUAUAUAAAUCAGAGCGUUGAGUCUAGAAUAGGGUAUCAUUUUUCAGGAAACUGAUCAGUUGGUUGAAGAUUUUAUCUAAACUAGGUAAACAGCUACUCUAGGAUGGGGGGAUUUGGGGAGUUUACUCUAGUAUAGGGUAGCAAAAUUCAGCUGAACUAGCUCUGGUAUAGGUUAAGGGUUCCAGGGUCCCAGCGGCACAUCCCCACCCAGAAAUUCCUAAAGUACCCCUCCCCCCCAGGCGUAGCACGCACUUGGAAAUAACUGGCAUAAGAAAGAAGGGGGCGCGCGAGAAAGUCACGCGCCCCGUUCUUUCUCGCAUAUUACUUCGAAGUGCGUUCUACGCAUUUCAGGCCUGUACUGAAACUUUUAUCUUAGCAACAGGAAACACAUGCCCAGCAAAGAUCUUACUCGGUUCAUGCUUUCUUUCUUCGGUCCACCAAAAUUGAGCAAAGCAAAAAAAAAAGGCUCUGCGAGCAGAGUAGCGUGUGGUUUUCUUGCUCGAGUGAAGUAUGUUCUGGCAAUAGGGUUGUUACAUCUGUUGAAUAACGGGGACUGGGGGAGGUGGCAUUUAAUAAAUAGGGUUUAAUAAAUUCUUUGUAAAUGGUUUUGCAGUAGGUAAGGUUGAGAAAUGAUUGCCCGGCAGUCGUCAUUAAAGACGCAUUUGGCUUUUUUUAUGACUUUUUAUCCGACGAAAACGCAAAGGAUGCGACCCCAAUUCUUGUCUCCUUCUGUUCCAUUCAAACUCACGUCAAGGGUAUUUCCGCAUCGGUUAUUGAAACGUUAUUAUUCCUAUUAAGGACUCAGUACAUUCACUCAGACGAUUUUAGUAAACCUAUUUACUAUCAGUAUUGUAAAUUCUGUACCCCAGACAUGGGAUGAAGCCUAGUAUCAGAAUCAAAAGAAUUCAUGAACUAUUCCUGGAAUUUGCAAUAUUCAAUAUUGUACAUAGAGCUAUUGCACUUUAUAUAAAUAAAUGAAGUUGUGACUUAAUGGUUGGGUUACUAUCUAAAAAUGUUCAAUGACAGAAUGGGUAGCUGGCACGUUUUGUGCAAAAGUUUAUAUGAAGAAUACCGAUUACUUUAGAGUUGGGACGACAAGAAAGCUGAAUUGUUCUAGUAACAUUUUUUACUUCGAUGUCUGCUAUUCUUUGGUUCUGCAACUAUCAGUUUAUUGUAUAUUGUAAUACUGUACCUGCUUUUUGCAGGCAUUAUUGUAUACAUGCGAUCUCCGUUUCCUGUAAUAAUUUGCAAGUAUGAACAAACUUAGGACCAUACAUCUUUCCUUAUCAGUAAAUAAAUAAACGAGGACUGGACUAAUAGACGAAC